UUUCAAGAAAAAUAUGAUCAAGAAGCUUAUGGCCAUUAUACACUAACUAUAUUAUCAAGAAUACAGAUACUUCUCAACUGAUGAUGGGGUUACAUCCUGAUAAAGCUAUAGUAAGUGGAAAAUAUUAAACUCAGAAAUUCAUUUAACACACCUAACUUACCAAAUGUUACAGCUCACAGGAGCACACUGUAGAGCAUUUUCUGUCAUCCCCCCUGGGAUCACAUGGCUGUGGCUUUUGCCACUGCUCAGCAUCACACUCAAGAGGAGCAUACUGCAUACUGUCAGCCAGGGAAAGAUCCAAAUUUAAAAUUCAAAGUAUGAUUUCCAUUAAAUAGCUUUCACACCAUUGUAAAUUUGAAAAAUAGUAAGUCACAUCAUUGUAAGUCAAGGACUGAUACUAAUAUUAAUUGAAUAAGUUUAAAAUUACUUUUCUCAAGACAAGUUUUGAGCAAAAGAAUAAGCUUUUCAGUAGAUGGAUUUUUCUAUAGUUUUAGGGAAGCUGAGGCAUGCAGCAGUGAGACAGAUAGAUAAUAUCCUUUCCCACAGGGGCUUCAAUCUUGGUGGUUAAACUUGCAUUUGGCAUGAGAGAGCACAUGCACUGGCAGGGAGAUACAGGGUUCCCAGGAAUCCACAAUGGUGUUGCAGAACUCAGUGAGCUAUCACUCAGAGAACCACAGCCUACCUGUGCCAGCUUCACCACCACCCAGCCCUUUCUGUGUGCCUAUUCCCAGGACCUGAAGCACUAAAAAGCCAGCCAGACUAAUGAGCCCCUUGGGGCUCUACAGAUGUGGAGGUGGCAGAAGUGGGCCUGAGACAGGAUGGAAGAGGCAUUUGAAAACAGGUCCCUGGGCUCCAUCUGGCUCAGUGGGGAGAGGAGGAGUCCCCUACAGGUGCUCUAUGACCUGGACCAGGGCUGACUGGGAGUGGCUCCGCCCAAGAUUGGGCACAUUGGGGUCAGCUGACAAGGAAGCAGAGGACCUGGCAGAUAGGUAGAUGGCUGACACUCCCUGCCACAAGAACAUGAGUCUGAGCUCACCCCUGGCAGAGGUGCACCGGCAGCGGCGCGACCUCCUGCGCCAAACCUGCAGCCGCCUCACGCGUCGGCAGCACCUGCUACGGCCAGAGGACCUGCGGCAUGUGCUGGUGGACGAUGCGCACGGCCUGCUUUACUGCUACGUGCCCAAGGUAGCCUGCACCAACUGGAAGCGCGUUCUGCUAGCGCUGAGCGGCCGGGCCCGCAGCGAUCCCCGCACCAUCCCCGCGCGCCAGGCUCAUGCGCCAGGCAGCCUGCCCUCGCUGGCAGACUUUACCCCAGCGGAAAUCAACAAGCGUCUGCGCUCCUAUUUGACCUUUCUAUUUGUGCGCGAGCCUUUCGAGCGCCUGGCGUCUGCCUACCGAAACAAGUUCGCCAGGCCCUACAGCGAGGCCUUCCAGCGGCGCUAUGGCACGCGCAUAGUGCGGCGCCUGCGCCCCCGCGCAAACCCUGACGCCCUGGCACGCGGCCACGACGUACGCUUUGCAGAAUUCCUGGGCUACCUGCUGGAUCCGCGCACACGGCGCGACGAGCCCUUUAAUGAGCACUGGGAACGAGCACAUGCUCUCUGCCAUCCAUGCCGCUUGCGCUAUGACGUCGUGGGCAAGUUCGAAACGCUGACAGAGGAUGCUUCCUUCGUCCUGGACUUGGUGGGCGAGCCAGACCUGCGUUUUCCGAUGCCGCCACGCCCCAAAGGGGCUGCUCCCAGAGACCAAGCUGCACGCCUCUUCCAGGACAUCAGCCCCUUCUACCAGCGGCGCCUCUUUGACCUCUACAAGAUGGACUUCCUGCUCUUCAAUUACUCAACCCCCUCCUACCUGCGGCUGCGUUAGUGGUAGUGGCAUCCCCUAGAGGAUUGGAGAUCUGGAGUGAAACCGGAGAAUGUGCAUUUUGGACAGGAUAUGGAUAAGGAUAUGCUGAUGCUCCUGUCAAAGAAACAGCUGUUUGAGAACCCGUGCACACACUGUAGGUGGUAGCCCACCUGGGCACAAGUCAUACCUCCCAGGGUUUGGGUACAGACCCUCUCAAGUCACCACGCCUGCCUCUGCCUGUGACAUGAUGCUUGUUUCUUCUAUUCAGGUGGUAGGCAAUCCUUAGCUCUUCUGAAUGGACAAAGAUUUCGUAAACCGUUUUGGGGGACUGUGAAAGGCCAACAUUUUGGGAGUCAAGUGUGCCCCUGAACCUGUCCAUGAUGAGCUAAGCAGAAUGGUGAUGUCUGGCUCAGUGUGUCCAAGGAGCCAAUUUAGCCUCUCCAGUUCAUCUAUCCUUGCAAGAGCAGACUUGGCCAAGGAGAAAAGUCUUCCCUGCUCAGGUCCUUCCUUGGGUUUCAGUCUUGCAGGAUGCCAGAUCGUCCUGUGUGCCAGCAUGGCCCAGUAUGAUGCUAAGGUUUUCAGGACCAUAGUCAGCUGGGACAGUCAUGUUUUACAAAUAAAUGUUUUUUGACUUUUUGACUCUG